AUGAGUCUGUUUGACGAUCUCCCUGAACCAAGUGUGGAAAACAAUGAUCUACAGAAACCUGAAAUAUUGGGAGGAGACUCCAGUUGGGAUGAGUCGGGAUCUGUUGUUAAACUUAUUCCAUAUCUUUGUUCUGUUGUUGCCAGAAAAGGUGAAAGACCGGAAAUGCAGGAUUCUCAUAUUGUGGUCGAUAACUUAGUAGAGCUAAUGUAUCGAGGAGUUUCCAAUGAAAUAGCUAGAGUGUGCUAUUUCGCUAUUUUUGACGGACAUGGAGGAGCUAAGGCAGCUAACUUUGCUUGCAAGCGUUUACAUCAACAUAUAGCAACGCGAUUUCCUCGAGGUGGAAUGCAACAGGUAGAAAAGGAUAUUAAGCGUGUGUUAUACGACUCUUAUAAGAAAACAGAUGAGGAGUUUUUGAGAGAGGCUUGUCAGCAGCGCCCUCACUGGAGAGAUGGUAGUACAGCAGCAACAAUCCUAUUGGUCAAUAACACACUAUACAUUGCAAAUCUUGGUGACUCUAAAGUUGUCCUAGCCAGAUUGGAUGAGUCCCCAUCUGAAUCUAAUAAAGUUGAUGUCAAUAUUAGCAAUACUUUAAGUAAUCCGAAAUUGAAUGCAAUCUGUUUAACGAAAGACCACAACCCUAUGGAUUAUGAAGAACGACAGCGCAUUCAAGCCACCGGGGCUUCUGUUCAAAAUGGUCGUGUUAAUAGUGUCCUAGAAGUUAGUCGAUCAUUUGGUGACUAUCAGUUCAAGAAACAAGGUGUUACUUGUAUUCCGGAUGUGAAAAAGUGUCAGCUAACAGAUAAUGAUCAAUUUUUGUUAAUAGCUUGUGAUGGUCUAUGGAAAAGUUUCCCUCCGAAUGAAGCUGUUCAUCUCACUCAUGAGCUUUUGAUGCAAGAGAUUAAAAACUAUAAAAAUGAACAUAAAGAAUCACAAAAUGGUCAAUGUACUGAUUAUUCGAGGAUAUUGUGUCAACGACACCUGGACUCAGUAUGCACGCAUUUGGUUAGUGAAGCUGUUCUUCGUAUGUCAGGUGAUAAUGUGACCUGUAUUUUGUUGGUUUUUCCAACCAUGUUUGUCAAAAGGCAUUCUACUGAUCUCCCAGGACAUUCGUCUAUCAUUCAGAGCGAAGAUUCUUUAGAACCAAGUUCCAAAUUGCCACGGAUUGAAAAGUGA